CGCUGGUGUUUAUGCAUGAAAAGUGAUUACACUCGGGCCUGCAUAAAAUAUUAGUUGAAAAGUAAAUUAAACCUAAAACAAAUCGAGUGAUUGUUACAUUUAGCUGUGAAGAGGUAGCGCUUGGGCUAGUGCACGAAGUGAAUCAUAAACAUAAUCAAACAUGGUGGAUGUGGCUCGUCAAUUGCUGGAUGAAUUGAUGGGUAGGAAUCGUAAUCUGGAUCCUUCGGCUUCGGCAAAGGAAGUAUCUUGGACCGAUGAAGAGUUUUGCCCAUACUACUUGGUGAAAUUUUGCCCUCACGAUCUGUUUGUAAAUACUCGUGCUGACCUCGGUCAGUGUACUAAGCUACACGACGAUGAAGCAAAAAAGUUGUACGAUGACGCAAAGCCAUGCCGUAAAAAGAAUCAAUAUGAAGAGGACUUCCUGCGAUUUUGCACCAACAUGAUCAAUGAAGUGGAUCGCAAGAUAGUGAAAGGUAAGCAAAGACUUCUUCUCAUGAACAGUAAGACGGAUGGAGCACGCCCAGGAGUCCCUAAGCACCAAGAGCACCUAAACUCCUUGACGGAGAGAAUAAAUAAGCUUGUGUGUGAGGCGGAGGAAGCAGGAACGCGCGGAGACGUGGAGCAGGCGCAGGGUUUGAUGGAACAAUGUGAUAAGCUCAAAGAGGAAAAGGAAGCUCUGAUAAAACAGCAUGAUUCAAAUGGAUGGUCGGUAACGGCUGAAAUAGCGGCUUCGCAGGAGAAGCAAAUGGAAGUUUGCGAAGUUUGUGGAGCAUUUUUGAUCGUUGGAGAUGCCCAGCAGCGAAUCGAUGAUCAUCUCACGGGUAAACAACAUCUUGGGUAUUCAAAGCUGCGUAAGGCCGUUGAUGAAAUGUACGAAGCAAGAAGAAAAAAUACUAUUCAACUUGAUGAGCGUCGAGUUAGAGAUGAUGACAGCCGAAGACGAGACAAUGGGAAACGCGAAGAUCGGAAAUCACGGGAUCAUGACGAACGCCACAAUAACAAGAGGGAUGAUCGUGAUCGAAAUCGCCACCGACGUGAUUUUCGCGAUCACAAAGAGCGUAAUGAUCGUUAUGAUAAUCGUCAGCGUGAUCGACACCAUAGGCGUGAUCGAACUGAACGCAACGAACGAGAUCGUGGUCGCGAAAGGGAUCGUAGCCGUAGUCGUAGUUAUUAGAUCUGCCCAGCAAGACAGAACGCAGCCACCAUCCGAAAAUGCACAAUUCUACGAUGCUCCGAAGUAUUUUCGUUCCGUUUACAAUGAGGUAUCCGUACUAAGAAUAGAAAACAAAUGAAAAAUCUCCCAA